AUGGCUACAGGCUAUCAAGGAAGUUACGCCACCAUGCCUUUGUUGACUACGGGUUUGAAUGGUCGGCUAGGUGGAGUUAGUUAUAUGCCUCAAUCCACCCCAUAUUUGAAUACCACUUUUGUGAUGGCCUUUAGGCAACAGAUGGAUAAGAGUAAGUUAGAGUUAGUACACAACUUAACUCAACAAAUGGGAGUUAUUUUUAACCCCAUGGUUGACCAAAUAGGAAGAAUGCUCGAGUCGUUUGGAGUUCAACCAGUUCAAACGCGUCAUAGACCGUUAGAGUCAAAUGAUGAUUUACCUUUAGGCAACCAAGAGCAUCCCUUUAGACUUCGUGUGGUAGAACCAGUUACCUAUGAGGACGAGGAAAUCAUCGAACAAUGCGAGCCUAGGCCAGUGUUAGUUAGGAGAUGUCAGAACGUAGAUAGAGUACUAAGAAACGCCAGCAACAUGUUAGGGCGUAAUAAUAUAACAAAUGUAGUCGAAGAGGUAUUAGUGUGCAAUGGGCUUAAUGUUGGCUUUCACAAGCCUAACUACCCAUCACCUUUACCUAAUUACAUUCGACAGGAAGAAAUACCCAAGGGAUGUAAGGUACCUAAGUUUACGAAGUUUGCAGGAGAAACAAAUGAGUCGACUAUCGAGCAUUUAGCUAGGUACGAAACAAAAGCUAGUUCACUAACCAAGAAUGCGUUCACGUGGUUUACCACACUAGUACCUAACUCCAUAAGGACUUGGAAGCAGUUAGAACGCGCGUUUCAUGAACAGUUUUUCAUGGGUCAGUCCAAGAUUAUUUUGAAAUAA